AUGCCUGUACGCUCAUCCUCAUCAGCGGCGUACAUACAGAGCACUUCACCAAGUUCAAAUGGUGUACCUUCGACACGCCCAACUUCACUAACGAUUCAUCCGUCCGCACUCUUCUCGAUCCUUGACCACUACCUUCGGCGAACAGAUGCUCAGCAUCGUGUGAUUGGUACCCUUCUUGGUACACGCACAGAUUCUACUGUUGACGUCAAAUCUGCAUUUGCUGUUCUCCACUCGGAGACCGAUGAGCAGGUUGCAGUGGACAUGGACUACCACCGUGCCAUGUACGACCUCUGCACUCGUGUUAGGCCUAAUGAAACCAUCGUAGGAUGGUACUCGACUGGCUCAGACCUAAACACAUACUCUGCCUUGAUUCAAAAUUUCUACUCCCAAGAGACCGCACCAAAUCAAGCGGUACAUGUUGCCCUUGAUACUGGAACGGAGGAGGGCAAGGGUGCUGGAGUGAAGGCAUAUGUAAGCUCACCGGUUGGGAUCUUCCCCAAACCGGAAAAUUGUGUAUUUGUUCCAAUCCCUUGCGAACUUCGCUUCCAUGAAGCAGAGCGCAGCGGCCGUGAGUUCAAGUCUAUAGUUGACCUACUGUUGUCUCCGAACUCGUCAUCCAACCAAACCGACCUCGAUGUUCUUGCAUCCUCAUUGACAGACGUGCAAAACAUGCUCAACAGAGUACUUGCUUAUGUACAGUCUGUCUUGCGUGGUGAGGUUGUUGGGGACAAGGCAGUCGGGAGGUAUCUUAUGGACGUAUUGGGUACCGGUGUGGAGGAAGAUGGCGGUUGGACCGCAGGACUACAGGACACUCUAAUGGUAACAUACCUCGCGAACUUGGUCCGAAGCCAAGCCGAAGUUUCUGCAAGAUUAGCGUUGACCACCGCAGCAUAA